CACAAGUAGGGUUAGGAAGGCGGCGGCCAGCGGCGAGAGCGCGAGAGGAAGAGCAGGAGGAGGGGUCGGCCAUGACGGGGAAGGCGAAGCCGAAGAAGCACACGGCGAAGGAGAUCGCCGCGAAGAUCGACGCGGCGACGACGAACCGGGGCGGCGGCAAGGCCGGGCAGGCGGACCGGCUGGGGCAGGACAAGGGCGGGCAUGCGAAGCUGGCGUGCCCGCUCUGCCGCACCCCGGCGCCCGACAUCAAGUCCAUGCAGAUCCACCACGAGGCGCGCCACCCCAAGCUCCCCUUCGAGCCGGAGAAGCUCCUCAACCUGCACUCCUCCGCCCCCGCUGCUGCCGCCGCCGCCGCCGCUGCCGCCGCCGCUGCCGAGGCCACCACCUCCAAGCCCAAGCCCGGCGUCCGCGGCAGCCUCAAGAAGUAAGCUUGCUGGGCUUGGUUGGCUCGCCCGCCUGCAUGGGGCGCAAUUCCCUUCGGUUUCAAUCCCAUCCGCCGACCCGAUCUAUAAUCAAUCAAACCGCCGCCCUCCGGCCUGGCGGCUGCCGCAGUCGGCCUGCGGUGUACUGUUAGUCUGCUGCUGAUUUCCGUUGUUAUACUGCUGGUACAUGUGUCGUGUGAUAGAUGUGUCAACUAUAUAUCAAUCUCGUCGCCGGCAGCUCUGGCAUGUUUGAGUAUGUGUUGCUUCUCUGUGGUGCCGGCGACGAUGGCUGCUAGUACUGUUAAUGUGAUCGGGUCUCCUUGAACAAUGGCAUAAAUAUGUUGCUUGUUUACUUUUUCCUCUAAUGGCAAGUAAAGUUCAUG